AUGGAAAUAGUGCCACAAGUUUCUAUGGACAAUUUCAUGUACCUCAGCCCCAAGAUAAUGGGGCUUAUCCUGAACAAAGAGUGUCAUGACAAGGCAAGUAAUGAUACUUAUAGACAAUACCUGGAAAAACAGCGGAUAUGCAAAGGCGAAAACCCUUUCUCCAACACAGAAUGGAAAAAAACAUUUGGGUUCUCGUCAAAGGUUUUCGAAACUGUAACAAAUCCAGACAAAGAAGACGUCACAGCCAUCUUUUGUCUGCUUAGCUAUAUGAUCACAACAGUUCACAGAGAUGAUUCUAGGGAUUGUAAUGAACUACUGAUGAAGUUAAGAGAAGUCAAAGACUGGCGAAACAAAGCUUUUCACAACCUUCAGGCCGUUACAAGCAAGCAAAAUUUCGAAGGCCUACGGGCAGCGCUAGUGGAGCUAAUUGAUGAAGCCGGGAGUUUCUAUUCUCUUUCCCAUGUUGAGAUGGAUGGCAUUAAACAAGAGGUGAACAAUGACAUUGCCAAACUGGAGGCUCCGGAUACGGAGAGCAUUUAUUACUGGUGUUCGAGGCUAAUGGUAUGCGGGAAAGAGGCCGUAAGGCUUCUGUGGGAGGCCAGGCUAUCCAGCGAGAUGCUCACGCUUAACAACGACACAAUAAAGGUGAAGCGUCGGGACGUAUUCCACUCCCUCGACGUGAAGGUGAGAGCAGGCGCUGACGGAAAGGCUUUUUCUUACAUUAAAGUGUUCGAAGCUCAGGAAGAGAUUAUCGUAAUAACGGGCGUCGCUGGUGCUGGCAAAACAACUCUCGUUAAAAACAUCGUGCUGCAAUUUUUCCAGCCGCAGCAAGGUAGCGUAGAUUACUUGAGCUCCUUUGAUCAACUCAUCUUCUUUGAGUGCAGAGAUCGCACCACCGAAAAACUGAGUGACGUCAUUAAGCAGCAUUUCGGCGAUCUGUGUCAUGAACUAGGAGGUCAGGACAACGUUCUCGAUGCCCUUUUAAGCCUUCACGUUUUAUUUCUCAUUGACGGCUUUGACGAAGUCAACGACGUUUCCAUGAAAGUUGUGACUGAGAUUGUCAAAAUGACGUGGCGCCUUAACUGUCGUGUGUUGAUCACGACUCGUCCUCAUGCCGUGCAGGAAAAACUAUCGCCGCUCUUGUCCCGUAACGAUAUCAGUUCUACUCUGUAUGAGAUCAUGCCUAUCACGAAGCUUGCUGAUCAACUUGCAUUCUUGCGGCGGUAUGAAGCUUACCUGGGUGGCGGCUCUCCCGCUGGAGGGAUGACUAAGUGCUUCGAGUCGCUCAGUGAAGAUGUCAGAAGUCAAUUCUCGGAGCCCAUCAACUUGCUUCAUUACUGUGAAAUGUAUAAGCAUUUCCCUGAGGCGAUAGCAUCGUGGCAGACACCUGGGGACGUGGCACCUACUAAGCUGAUUCUGUAUAAGAAACUUGUCCGUACCAAACUAUCAGAUUCGCUUGAGGACAUAGACGUCCUGAUAAAAAAUAUGUUUGCUGCCGUUGGUGCGGAAGCGUUGGAUCUGCUUAGCGACGACGCUUUGAUUUUCUCCCAGGAAGAGCUGCUUGCAAUCAAGGAAAGAUGUAAGGUUACAAUGAGGGGCAAUGAAAAGUCUGACUCAGCCGCUGUACUCUCAGUGGUACUGAGGGAGCACCGGCCUCUGGCUGGACACGAGAGCGUAAGCUAUUCAUUCAAGCACAAGAGCGAGCAGGAGAUGUUUGCUGGUAAUUACAUCCUUCAGCGUAUCUUAGGAGGACGACCCGACUCCCUCAGCAGCAUCCUGGGAGUCCCGAAGGAGGGAUUGACACGCCUGCGUGAGGUGCUGCUGUACGUGCUGCAGGCAUUGAGUAGGGACAGCCCUCGUCAUUUCCAGCGGCGGUGGCCGGAACUGAAGGAAGCGCUGCGCCACGCAGGCGUCACCGCCGCGGAUGCUGUGAGGGACUGCGUCACGCGCUGCCCUGACCACGCUGGGACCGUGGCCGAGCUCGCCGCCCUGGUGAAGGACGGGGACUGGCACGUCUACAACGGUAGCCUGCGUGAGGUGCUGCUGUACGUGCUGCAGGCAUUGAGUAGGGACAGCCCUCGUCAUUUCCAGCGGCGGUGGCCGGAGCUGAAGGAAGCGCUGCGCCACGCAGGCGUCACCGCCGCGGAUGCUGUGAGGGACUGCGUCACGCGCUGCCCUGACCACGCUGGGACCGUGGCCGAGCUCGCGGCCCUGGUGGAGGACGGGGACUGGCACGUCUACAACGGUCACCAUGUAGAAGCAGUGACUGAAAUGCUGCACCAAACGAAACCACGGCAUCUGAUGGUAGUAAUUGACGUCUUCGCCCUGAGGGGGGUGCCUUGGAGGGAGCUCGUGACAGGGGCAGAGGGCGUGGAGAUCGCGCUUACUCUCCGUCCUGACGACUACGAGCCCCAUGACAAUUUUCUUCUGCCGCUGCAAAACAGCGGGGUGAAGCUGGUUCACUUCAGCGGGUGCGUGGGCACACAGGCCGGAGUGGUCGCCAUAGCGUCUGCGGCGCGUGAUGCUCGCCUCAGCAUCCGCAUGGCGGCGCUCCUGGACCUCGGCACCCUCAGGGGAAAAUACAGGGAGCUCUUCGUAUACACGCGCCCCCUACCACACCGUGGCCGCGCCUCCCUCGCUCGGCCGCUGCCCGUUUCUCCCCUGCCAUACCUAUACGUGGAGGGAGCAGAAGCGGGGUCUUGGAAGGCCGUGGCUUCCACUAUCACCGCCUUUGCCCCUUCUGGUAAGAGAUUCGGGAGGCUGAGGCUGCUGGACUGCAAGUUGCGUGCGGAAGAGCUGCCGCUACUGCUGCAAGAGGUGCAGGGAUGCGGUGUCAGGACAGCUGGCGGGGCCGUCGGAACGGGCGGUGGAAACGACACGCGCGCCGUGGCUGUCGGAAAGGAAGGGGUGGUUUGGCUCCACAUCACGGACAAGCUGCCCUCUGGGGGGACCAGCGGUGCCCAAUGAGGUUCAAUUGCAGAAGGCCUAACUGUAGGAGAGCACGCUGUAUGAGCCCUAUUCGCAAGAGAUCCAAUCACAGAACUGUACAUGCGCCGCCAAUUAAAUGAUGUAUUUUCAAUAUGAUCAAUUUGACUAUGUCCAUGUGUUCUAGUAUAUAGUAUAUUUGUGGCGGCGUUGAAUAAUUAGGCCAAGUUUGACAUGUCACCGAUUUUUGUAAUGUUCUUGACUUGUCUCCUGAAAAUUGCCCUCUUGGCCAGAUUUCUCCAUGACUAACGUGGAAGCUAACCCAGCAGGCAUUUCUUGAAUGAAUCAACGUUGAAACAACCACCAUUCGCGACGUUAGAAUUAAGUUGAAUACUAGUCCAGAACGAAAUUUGAAGCAAAAUCAUUCAUGCAAAGUUGUGUUGACUUUAGAUUUCAAGAUUGAAAUUAUGUCACUAGUAUUAUUAGUAGUAUGCAAACGUUAUUUCAACGUUGGAAUGAUCGAGUUGAAAACGCUUGAUAAAAGGUUGGUUUUGAAAAUUAGACAAAAAUGUUGAUAUCAUAUUCGUUUAUGACCAGAUAUAAUUAUACAAGACAGUCACAUUAUUUGGGCAUUGUAUUACAGUGAGUUACAUUUGAUGAAUAUACGUAUAUACUAUACUCUUUAAAACCAAUAUUUUCCCUCACAUUUAAUUCUCCGUUAAAAGCGCCCUCAACCUUAAUCGGGAUCGAACCCGGAACCUCCAGCUCGUGCGCGAAGCCUAAACCCUCUAAGACACGGUGAAGUCGAUAGUAUAACGAAUUAAAAAUUAUUGAACCUAACU